CUUCCCAUUGGAGGUAGGCGACACUGUGAGUGUGUGUGCGUGAGAGAGAGAGAGGGAGGGGGGGAGGACAAAAAGAAAAGCGAGGAGGGAAUCUAUCGGCCGCUUGGUGAAGCGAGCUAUUCAGACCGAGUGCGGGCGCUCAGUAGCUGGAACCACGAACUGGGUGCAGUCGCCGCUCGCCACGGGCACCGGCCGCUGAAGAUGGCAGGGAUUCUCGCUUGGUUCUGGAACGAGAGGUUCUGGCUGCCCCACAACGUAACCUGGGCAGAUCUGAAAAAUACGGACGAAGCCACUUUUCCGCAGGCAGAGGACUUGUACCUGGCAUUUCCUCUGGCCUUCUGCAUCUUUAUGGUUCGGCUGAUUUUCGAAAGGUUCAUUGCCAAACCAUGUGCUUUAAGCCUCAAAAUCCAAGCGAAUGGGCCUCAGAAAGCUCAGCCGAAUGCAAUCCUGGAAAAAGUCUUCACUGCAAUCACAAAGCAUCCAGAUGAGAAGAGAUUGGAAGGGCUUUCCAAGCAACUGGAUUGGGAUGUUCGCACAAUUCAACGCUGGUUUCGGCAGAGAAGGAACCAGGAAAAGCCCAGCAUCCUCACCAAAUUCUGUGAGAGCAUGUGGAAAUUUACAUUUUAUCUAUAUAUAUUUUCCUAUGGUGUAAGAUUCCUGAAGAAGGUUCCUUGGCUCUGGGAAACAAGACAGUGUUGGUACAGCUAUCCCUACCAGCCCCUCCCGUCUGAUCUUCACUACUAUUACAUCAUGGAGUUGGCAUUCUACUGGUCUUUAAUGUUCUCUCAGUUUACUGAUAUCAAAAGGAAGGAUUUUGCCAUUAUGUUUUUGCAUCACGUUGCAACAAUAGUGCUUAUAACUUUUUCAUACGUUAACAACAUGGUGCGAGUGGGAACAUUGGUCCUGUGCCUUCACGAUGCAGCUGACUUUCUGUUAGAGGCAGCUAAGAUGGCAAACUAUGCCAAAUGUCAAAGACUGUGUGACCUGCUCUUUGUAAUGUUUAGCUUGGUCUUCAUAAGUACGAGGCUUGGUCUUUUCCCAAUAUGGGUAUUAAACACCACCUUGUUUGAAAGUUGGGAGAUUGUUGGUCCAUAUCCAUCAUGGUGGGUCUUCAACUUGCUUCUUCUCUUGCUUCAGCUUCUGCAUAGCUUCUGGUCAUAUCUCAUCAUCCGGAUCACUUGUAGAGCUAUUGCCAAAGGAAAGGCUGGAAAGUGGAAUCCUUUGCAUGUAUCGAAAGAUGACCUAAGUGACAUUGAAUCCAGCUCUGAUGAGGAAGAAUCGACACUGUCAGCUGCAAAAAGUGGACACAACAGCACCACAAACGGGACAAACGGAUACCUAAGUGGUGGUGUCUAUUCGGAGGAACAUUAGCUGUUCGAUUAGGAAGUACUAAAGAGUGUUGCACAUCCAUUAAUUCAAAGUAUUGCACAGAUGAGCUGUCAAUUCACUCCUGGAAAUAUUUCACAAAAUGCAUUUUAUCAUGUAUCUCCAUAUCAGAAAUAUCACAACAUUCUGACAGUGCACUGCCAUUUUCUGUAUGAGAACGAGUGACAAUAACCGCCAUCGACAUGUGGGCAUGCUGUGUACCUAAGUGUAAUCCAACUCAAUGGGAACGGUAUUUUCAUAUGUAUUGUCUUUCUAUAUUACAUUAUUUAUUUUUAUAUGUUUGAAAUUUGUGGAAAAGGGAAGAUUUCAGCAUUUUACUCUACCACAUGUUGUUUGGGAAGAGUAAAAUCCACUUUAGAUAAAUUAUGUUGUGCACCGCUCAAUCUGCUGUAGUUUGUGACAUGUCACAUGCAGUAGGCCACUUCUAGUUCUUGGAUACGGUGGUUUAGGCAUCAGCAGUGAUGUUUUGUGCUCUUUUGUGUUCCUAAUUGUUUUAUUUCAAUGGUUUCUUUGGAAUGAAGUCUGCACAGAGGCCAUUUGGUCCCUAUUGAAAGAGAAACAAACAAAUGCUUGAGUUAAAGAGAUUAACUAAACAGCAAGAUUGCUUUCAGUAUAUUUCUGUGAACAAUCCAACCACUUCUGAAUUUAUGAGACUGAUUCCUGAUAAAUAAAAUCCUUC